AUGGUAUCAGACAAUGCCACAAUUUUCACCAGCGCAGAAUUCAAGAAAUACUGUUCAUCCAAUGGAAUUUUAAAGAAACUGAUUACAACUGGACAUGCAGCUACAAAUGGUCUUGCUGAAAGAACUAUCCAGACUUUGAAGCAAAGAUUAAAAGCAUUGGAAGAUGACCAUCGUCAAAUACAUACAAAGGUUCAAGAGAUUCUUCAACAAUAUCGUGCCACUCCUCUCUCAAAUGGACAAUCACCUGCAGAACGAUAUCUUCAUCGUAGGAUCCGCAUCAAGCUGGAUGCUCUUCAACCUUACCAUCCGGCAAAGAAUCCUCCUUCGAUAAUAAGAGUUCGAACAUUCAAUGUGGGGGAGAGAGUUCUCAUUAGGGAGUAUUCACAAAAUAAUAAAUAUAUAUGGAGAUUUGGUGAGAUUAUACAGAAACUAGGGACUCUUCACUAUAUUGUAAGGUUAGAUUCUGGAAGGACACUGAAACAUCAUCUAGACCAACUCCGGAAAACUCAAGUAAAGAAGGUUCAUUUCAACGAAUGUGAAGAAGUACCUAAUCAAGUUUCCAUAAUUCCACAAGUUCCAAUGCAAGCACCCAUACAUCAGCAACAGCAAGUUCCUAUGCAAGUUCCAGAAUUAGUCAGAUUACCAGCUGAAGAGAACUUACAACCGCCAUCACCACGACCACGUAUACGAUGUUCAACCCGCACUCAUAAAGCUCCAGAUUACCUUAAAGACUAUGUUACAAAAUGA